AUGCCGAUUAAUAGUAAAACAUCUAGUUUUGAAACAGUAUCCAAGUCGACUGAAGAGCUCUAUAGACUAUCCAAGUCAUCUGAAGAGCUCUAUAUAGACUAUCCAAGUAAUCCGAAGAGCUCUAUUGACUAUCCUAGUCAACCGAAAAGCUCUAUAGACUAUCCAAGUCAUCCGAAGAGCUCUAUAGACUAUCCAAGUCAUCCGAAGAGCUUUAUCAACUAUCCAAGUCAUCCGAACAGCUCAAUCAACUAUCCAAGUCAUCCGAAGAGUUCUAUAGACUAUCCAAGUCAUCCAAAGAGCUAUAUCAACUAUCCAAGUCAUCCGAAGAGCUCUAUAGACUAUCCAAGUCAACUGAAGAGCUCUAUAGACUAUCCAAGUCAUCCGAACAGCUCUAUAGACUAUCCAAGUCAUCCGAAGAGCUCUAUCAACUAUCCAAGUCAUCCGAAGAGCUCUAUAGACUAUCCAAGUCAUCCGAAGAGCUCUAUAGACUAUCAUAGACUAUCCAAGUCUUCCGAAGAGCUCAAUAGACUAUCCAAGUCAUCCGAAGAGCUCUUUCAACUAUCCAAGUCAUCCGAAGAGCUCUUUCAACUAUCCAAGUCAUCCGAAGAGGUAUAUCCACUAUCCACGUCAUCCGACGAUGAUCUGAAGAAUAUAGAUUGCUCUAUCAACAACCCAGGUCAUAUAAAGAUCUCUUUCAACUACCUUGGUCAUAUAAAAGGCUCUUUCAACUACCCAGGUCAUAUUAAGAGCUCUUUCAACCAUCCAGAUAUUAUAAAGAGCUCUUUCAACUACCCAGGUCAUAAUAUAAAGAGCUCUUUCAACUAUCCAGGUCAUACAAAAAGUUCUUUCAACUAUCAAGGUCAUAUACAGAGCUCUAUCAACUACCCAGGUCAUAUAAAGAGCUCUUUCAACUACCCAGGUCAUAUAAAGAGCUCUUUCAACUACCCAGGUCAUAUAAAGAGCUCUUUCAACUACCCAGGUCAUAUAAAGAGCUCUUUCAACUACCCAGGUCAUAUAAAGAGCUCUUUCAACUACCCAGGUCAUACAAAGAGCUCUUUCAACUACCCAGGUCAUACAAAGAGCUCUAUCAACUAUCCAGGUCAUAGAAAGAGCUCUAUCAACUAUCCAGGUCAUAGAAAGAGCUCUAUCACCUAUCCAGGUCAUAUAAAGAGCUCUAUCACCUAUCCAGGUCAUAUAAAGAGCUCUAUCAACUACCCAGGUCAUACAAAGAGCUCUAUCAACUACCCAGGUCAUACAAAGAGCUCUAUCAACUACCCAGGUCAUACAAAGAGCUGUAUCAACUACCCAGGUCAUACAAAGAGCUCUGUCACCUACCCAGGUCAUACAAAGAGCUCUGUCACCUACCCAGGUCAUACAAAGAGCUCUGUCACCUACCCAGGUCAUAUAAAGAGCUCUGUCACCUACCCAGGUCAUAUAAAGAGCUCUGUCACCUACCCAGGUCAUAUAAAGAGCUCUGUCACCUACCCAGGUCAUAUAAAGAGCUCUGUCACCUACCCAGGUCAUAUAAAGAGCUCUGUCACCUACCCAGGUCAUAUAAAGAGCUCUGUCACCUACCCAGGUCAUAUAAAGAGCUCUGUCACCUACCCAGGUCAUAUAAAGAGCUCUGUCACCUACCCAGGUCAUAUAAAGAGCUCUGUCACCUACCCAGGUCAUAUAAAGAGCUCUGUCACCUACCCAGGUCAUAUAAAGAGCUCUGUCACCUACCCAGGUCAUAUAAAGAGCUCUGUCACCUACCCAGGUCAUAUUAAGAGCUCUGUCACCUACCCAGGUCAUAUUAAGAGCUCUGUCACCUACCCAGGUCAUAUUAAGAGCUCUGUCACCUACCCAGGUCAUAUUAAGAGCUCUGUCACCUACCCAGGUCAUAUUAAGAGCUCUGUCACCUACCCAGGUCAUAUAAAGAGCUCUGUCACCUACCCAGGUCAUAUAAAGAGCUCUGUCACCUACCCAGGUCAUAUAAAGAGCUCUAUCACCUACCCAGUUCAUAUAAAGAGCUCUAUCAACUACCCAGAUCAUAUAAAGAGCUCUAUCAACUACCCAGGUCAUAUAAAGAGCUCUAUCAACUACCCAGGUCAUAUAAAGAGCUCUAUAAACUACCCAUGUCAUAUAUAG